AUGGAAGAUAAGUGGUACCAACAUACACCUGAGAAAGUGCUGGAUGAGGAGGGGAAGCCCAAGAUCCUUUGGGACUUUGAGUUCCAAACUGACGUGGUGGUCUUUAAGAAGGAGCAGAAGGAAUGCCUGAUCAUUGAUGUGGCGAUGCCAGGUGAUCAUCACAUUGUCACCAAACAAGGAGAUAAGAUCACCAAUUCCCCGUGGCCAUGUUUGUGUCAGAGAAAUAACUUGUGGCGCUGCAGAGAGACCGCCGCUCCUGUAGGGGGCAGUACAGAGUGUCGCAGUCAGAGCGCUCAGAACAAAACCAACUCUCAAAUGGCGGCACGAAAACGGAGCAUAGUGUGGUCAUUUUUCCAAGCCGAGGACGAUAAAAGAGUAUUAUGUCUCCUUUGUAUGAAAACGGUUUUAUAUUUCGGUCACACGACCAACAUGCUUCGGCAUUUACGAGCGAAACAUCCGAAUGAUUUCUCCGCUUUGGACAAAAGAAAAUCCACAUCGGGGAAAAGCGCCUCAUCCAACCAUAAUAACGGCUGUGUGGAAGUGACCGUCAUGAUGGACGAGCAGCAGGUCGAGGUCCCGGCCGAGGUGGGAGACGCGGAGAUGGACGGGGCGAUCCGAGGAAUCCUGUGUGCAGCUGCAGGAGAAGCGGCGACAGAAGGAGAGACAUCCGGGUGCGAAGGCGAGGGCAGAGGGGCUCAGGAGGGCAGCCCCGCCCCAGCCCAAACUCCAACCUCACGCAAGUGGAGCGCAGUGUGGGUUCACUAUCGCAAAGUGGACCAGGAGAAGAAGGCACUGUGUCUACUCUGCAUGGAGAAGAUCCAGCACCAGAGCAGCACCAGCAACCUCAUUCGGCACCUGCAGAACAAGCACCCGACUGAGUACGCCCAGCUCGAAGAGCAUUCACAGAAACGACCCCCUAAACGCAAAAACGAGGAUCCAGAUUACAUCCCUGUAACUUCACCAAAACCUCGCACCGUGCCAGCCAGCCGUGUUGUCCCGUCUCAGCUGAGCAGCAGUCUCACAGUAGUUGACUGGAGUGACGGGCGGAGGAUCCUGGAGCGCGAGCGCGAGCUGACAGAGGCGUUGAGGCGCGUGCAGCAGGAAGAGGGAAGGAGUUUGCAGCAGCAGAGAGAUUUAAUGCAGCAGAUCCGAGAGCUGGAUGCAGAACGGCGAGCACUUCAGAAUCAGAAACGCGAACAGGAGGACGAACAUUACAGACUGAAGAGGGAAAAGGAGGAACUGGAAACCAUCAAGCUGGAUCUCCAGAAGGAAAAGGAAGAACUCCAGAAGGAGAAGGAGGAGCUGUUUAAGGCCAAGGAGGAGUUUCGGAAAGAGAGGGAGGAGUUGGAGAGACAGAGGCAGGAAAUGCAUCGAGAGGGACACAUACAAGGCCAAGUGUCAGAAUUUUACAACUGUUGAUUCGUCUUCGUACUUCAGUUAACGCAAGUUCUUUGUAAUUUUUAAGAUGUUUAGUGAACGUAGCUGACCGAUUUCAUUACUCUGCCUUCCCCCCUCCUCUGGACGUACUCCAUGUUGAGACGGUGGUGAUAAGGAGGAUGUUUUUUCCUGUAAAUGAUGCAUUUCACUGUGUGAUUUUUAAGUUCUGCAGAACUCAAUACAGUGUUCUCUCACA